AAUUUACCUUUCUUCCUUCCAUUCCAAUUUGCAAUUAAAAUCAAUUUAGUUCACCCUUUCGUCUUUCAAACUGUCUUCAUACCACCGCAACCCCUUCGACGAUCCGUCGCAGCCUGACCUGCGUGCGGAUAGUCAGAGCUCUCGGCGUGGGGACUUCGUUCCUCCCGGAGCUGACAUGAAUCCAUUUGCGGGUGAUGACGAUGUUGUAGACUUUACCCAACCUUCCCAGCAUCAAACGUCAUCACCAUGGGCACCAUCUACAGGUCAACAAGGACAAACCGCUCAUUAUGGUGGCAACGACCUCAUUGACUUUCAAGACCAAUUUGGUAAUUCAUCGUCUAAUUUACCACAAGCACAAUCGGCUUAUUUGCCAAGCCAACCAACUUUGAAGCACUCGGAUACCUUUAUGACGGACGGUGCGUCGUCUCUAUAUGAUGAAGGAAGUGGACAAAUUGACGAUGACGAUAACUUGCAACUUUUGGACAAUCAAGGCCCAAUUGCAGGCUCGCGCUAUAAUCGUCAACCAUCCAAUGCAUCAUCCAUUCCGGGAAGCGUAUCCGGUGGAAUACCGUUGCGGAGCUCACAGUCGCCCACAAGCACGCCAACACGGGCAAAACGUCGACAGUCAUUUAGAGGCAAAAUCAACGAGUUGCUAGGGCGAUCACCCAGACUUGUCCCAGGCCAAGAAAGUGAAGCGCGCCUUAUAUAUAUCAAUAAUCAAGCUCUCAACGAGCAACAAAACUAUCUCCAUAAUCGCAUCUUCACUGGCAAAUAUACGUCUUUCACAUUCUUGCCAAAGUUUCUGUACGAAGAAUUCUCUAAAUACGCAAAUUUGUUCUUCUUGUUCAUUUCUGGCAUUCAGCAAAUUCCUGGUAUCUCUCCUACUUCCAGAUGGACGACCCUGGUACCAUUAUUGAUAGUGUUACUCAUUACUGCCGUAAAAGAAGUCAUCGAGGAUUGGGGUGUACAUCGAUCAGAUGCAGAGCUAAAUGCGCGAGGUUGUAAAGUACUUGAAGGAUCUCAAUUCGUAGAGAGACCAUGGCGCGAUAUUCGUGUGGGCGACAUUGUACGUAUUGACGGUGGUGGCCAUUUCCCAGCGGAUCUUGUGCUGCUAAGUAGUUCCGAGCCUGAGGGUCUUUGCUAUAUUGAAACUAGCAAUCUAGAUGGAGAAGUCAAUCUAAAGAUCAAACAAGCUCUCCCACAAACUGCAAAGUGCGUCACUCCCCUUGACAUUGGUCAGCUGCAAGGAACUAUCAAAUCAGAACAACCAAACAAUCGUCUUUAUAAUUAUGAUGGUACCGUUACCUUAGCUGUUGACGAAGUUGGAAGAAACAGAGACUUUGCACUUGACCCUACCCAAUUGCUGUUGCGUGGCGCUCAGCUUCGUAACACAUCUUGGAUCUAUGGUAUUGUUGUGUUCACUGGUCAUGAAACUAAGCUCAUGUUGAAUUCAAGCAAAAAGCCAUCCAAGGUUUCGAACGUUACUCGUCUUACCAAUCGCAACAUCGUGUACCUUUUUAUCAUUCUUGUGGUUAUGAGCAUUUGUUGUUCCAUUGGUGGCCUGGUUACUACAAUAUCUAAGGGCAGUCAAUUGGCAUACCUCGCCAUCAAUGAUAUGUCUCGCGCAGGCGAGUUUGGAUACGGUAUCCUGACCUUCCUUAUCUUGUUCAAUAGUUUCAUUCCUAUCAGUUUAAUGGUGACCAUGGAGCUUGUCAAGUACAUUCAGUCCUACUUGAUCGAUUCGGAUUUGGAUAUGUAUUACGAACCUACUGAUACUGCUGCCACAGCCCGAAGCAGUAGUUUAAUUGAAGAACUAGGACAAGUACAGUUUGUGUUUUCAGACAAGACCGGUACUCUGACUUGUAAUGAGAUGCAAUUCCGACAAUCUUCAAUCGCUGGUCUUUCUUAUGCAGACAAAGUGGAAUCUGAUAGACAAGCACAAGAUGGAGUGGAUGAUCCAACUUUACAAUAUACUUUCUCUCAGUUGGAAGCGCAUCUGAAAUCGCACUCUACUGCUAAUGUCAUCAAUGAGUUCUUAACUCUCUUAGCUGUAUGCCAUACUGUCAUUCCUGAGCAACAAGAGGGUUCUGAUGAAAUCAUCUACCAGGCUUCCAGUCCAGACGAAGGUGCCUUGGUGAAGGGUGCUAGCACUUUGGGUUAUAAAUUCCAUACUAGACGACCUAACUCCAUCAACUGCAAUAUCCGUGGACGUGAUCUCGAAUUUCAAAUUCUCAAUGUUUGCGAGUUCAAUUCCACACGCAAGCGUAUGUCGGCUGUAGUUCGUGGUCCCGAUGGAAAAAUCAAGUUAUACUGCAAAGGUGCUGAUACUGUUAUUUUGGAACGUCUUUCUGAAAACAACCCAUUUGUGGAGCCAACUUUGAUGCAUUUGGAAGAGUAUGCUACUGAAGGUUUGCGAACACUUUGUGUUGCUAUGCGCGAAAUUCCCGAAGACGAGUACGCUAGAUGGUCACAAAUUUACGACAAAGCUUCCACUACCCUGGUUAACCGUUCUGAGGAACUUGAUCGAGCUGCUGAGAUGAUUGAGCAGGAUAUGUUUUUGCUUGGUGCCACUGCCAUUGAAGAUAAACUGCAAGAUGGUGUACCGGACACCAUCCACACUCUUCAAGAGGCUGGAAUCAAAGUCUGGGUCCUUACUGGUGAUCGUCAAGAAACUGCUAUCAACAUCGGUUACUCUUGCAAACUCCUCAAUGAAGAAAUGAGUUUGAUUGUCUGCAACGAAGAAAAUCACUGGGACACAAAGAACUUCUUAGAGGCAAAAUUGAAGGAAAUUAGUGAUGUGAAGAAUCGUGGGGAAGACCUUGAGCCCUUAGCUCUUGUCAUUGAUGGUCGCGCUUUAACAUUUGCUCUCGAGAAAGACAUUGAAAAGGUUCUUUUCGAUUUGGCCGUUUUGUGUAAAGCCGUCGUCUGCUGUCGUGUAUCGCCACUCCAAAAGGCUCUAGUGGUCAAAUUGGUGAAGAAGUAUACUCAUGCCAUUCUACUUGCUAUUGGAGACGGAGCCAAUGAUGUUUCUAUGAUUCAAGCUGCACAUGUUGGUAUUGGAAUCAGUGGUGUUGAAGGUUUACAAGCUGCUCGAAGCGCAGACUUCGCCAUCUCCCAAUUCCGCUUCCUCAAGAAAUUGCUAUUGGUUCAUGGUGCCUGGUCUUACCAACGACUGUCAAAAAUGAUUUUCUAUUACUUCUAUAAGAACGUAGCGCUGUAUUUGACUCAAUUUUGGUAUGCCUUCUAUAAUGGUUUUUCAGGAUCAACUCUGUAUGAAUCAUGGACCAUGUCUUGCUUCAACGUCAUCUUUACUUUCCUUCCGCCAUUGGCUAUCGGAAUCUUUGACCAAUUUGUGUCAGCCCGCAUGUUAGAUAAAUACCCUCAACUCUAUAUUCUCGGCCAGCAUAACGAAUUCUUCAACCAGAAGAAAUUCUGGGGUUGGUUUGCAAACGCCAUUUUCCACUCUUUGAUUCUCUUCUUUACUGGCGUAGGCGCUUUCCGUAACGAUGGUGUGUUCAUGAAUGGUACAAAUGGCGGUCAAUGGUGGGUAGGCACCGUGGUUUUUACCGCUGUUUUAGGCUGUAUCUUGUGGAAGGGCGCCUUGAUUACAGAUAUGUGGACCAAGUAUACUUUCAUUGCCAUUCCAGGCUCCAUGGUUGUUUGGUUCAUCUAUCUUCCCAUUGUGGCUUAUAUUGGAUCCAGUGUCUCCACUUCCGUUUUCCCAGAAUACAACGGCAUCGUACCACAGGUCUGGGGCAACGUUAACUUCUGGCUAUAUCUCAUUUUGGUGCCUUUCUUGUGCAAUCUUAGAGACUUCGCAUGGAAAUUCGCCAAGCGUAUGUACCGCCCAAUGCCCUACCACUUUGUUCAGGAGAUCCAAAAGUUCAAUCUCCCAGAUUACCGUCCUAGAAUGGAUCGUUUCAGACAGGCUGUUAACAAGGUUCGCCGAAUUCAACGACUCAAGCGAAAUCGUGGAUACGCCUUUUCACAGACAGAUAGUGAUCAAACCAAGAUCAUUCGUGUCUAUGAUACCACUCAACAGAAACCACAAGGUUAAAUUGUAUACUUCUGGUAUUAAUCGCUAUAACAUAUUAUUUGAACCUCUAUCAUGAUUGUAAAACCCCUUUUUUUAUUCCUUCUCACUUAUAAAAUUUGAAUUUGGCUGAACCGA